ACCAUAUGCAACAAUGAUCACCUGAUUGCACUCUCAAUGUGUCGAUAUCCGUUGCUGGGUUGGCUUAUCAUACGUGCAUCUCCCAAAACGAAGACAUUUCCGAAAGGAAGAUUGCCCUCCAAUAUCCAGAAAAUUCAUUUAACCCGAUGUAAUAAACUGGUGUCGCUUUCGGAAGAGGGAUGGCCGUCAAAUUUAAAAUCGCUUGAUAUUAUAUCUUGUAAAAAGCUAUUCGCCCACACCAACAGCAUGAAGUGGAAUCUGGGAAUGCUUACCUCUCUGAUGACCUUACGAAUCUGGUCAACAGGUGAAGUGGUGGAUACAUUUCCGGAGAAGGAAGGACAGCUUCCCACCUCUCUCACUUCUCUUUGGCUACGUGAUGUUCCAAAAUUGAAAUCCUUAAAUGGCAAGGCCUUUCGACACAUCACUUCCCUUCAAAUAUUGUGCAUUUCGGAUUGCAAACAGUUCCAGUGCUUGCCAGAGGAAGGGCUGCCCACCACUCUCACUACUCUUACUCUACGGAAUCUUCCAAACCUUGAAUCCAUAAACGGCAAGGCCAUUCAACACCUCGUUUCCCUUCAAAAAUUGGAUAUUCAUAAGUGCCAACAGCUCCGGUGCUUGCCAGAGGAAGGGCUGCCCGCAUCUCUUUCUCACUUGGAUAUCAGGCAGUGUCCUUCGAUGAAGCCGCGGUGUCAGAGAGGAACAGGGGAAGAUUGGCCCAAGAUCCAACACAUCCUGAGCAUACAAAUAGAUGACGAAGACAUAAGAUCCAUGCCUUCUCUGUAAACUUUUCAGUCAUGGUACUUGUUUCCCCACAAUGGACCAAACCUGAAGCUAUUUCCACAAGGGAGGAGGGAGGGAUUGCCUUACCACAUUCUAAAUGCUCUUUCUUCCUGCUAUCCACUGCAAUGCUUCCCAGCAGAAGG